AUGGCCCGGCUCCCGCGGCCCCCGCUCCGGUUCCUACUGGCCCUGCUGGCCCUGCUGGCCGCCGCCGUCGGGUGCCAGGAGCAGGCCCAGAGCACCGACUGGAGGGCCACGCUGAAGACCAUCCACAACGGCGUGCACAAGAUAGACACGUACCUGAACGCCGCCUUGGACCUCCUGGGAGGCGAGGACGGGCUCUGCCAGUACAAGUGCAGCGACGGAUCUAAGCCUUUCCCACCUUAUGGUUAUAAACCCUCCCCGCCGAAUGGCUGUGGCUCUCCACUGUUUGGUGUUCAUCUUAACAUUGGGAUCCCUUCCCUGACAAAGUGCUGCAACCAACACGACAGGUGCUAUGAGACCUGUGGCCAAAGCAAGAAUGACUGUGAUGAGGAGUUCCAGUACUGCCUGUCCAAGAUCUGCCGGGCCGUGCAGAAGACACUGGGACUGGCUCAGUACGUCCAGGCAUGUGAGAAAACGGUGGAGCUCUUGUUUGACAGCGUCAUACAUUUAGGCUGUAAACCCUACCUGGACAGUCAGCGAGCCGCAUGCAGGUGUCGUUACGAAGAAAAGACUGAUCUUUAAAG